AGGUAGCAGGCUGCCUGCAGUCCUGGCAGCCUAUAAAAGCGCAGGAGGAGCAGCUGCGGCUCCAGAGCUGACAGAGCUUCACCUGAACGCAACACCAGACUCACCAUGGCCCUGAACACGCUGCUUGCCACCUUCCUGUGCACCAUCGUGCUUCCCGUGCUGCUGUUCCUGGUGGCGCUCAAGCUGUGGGAGGUGUAUAUGAUCCGGGGCCGAGACCCGAGCUGCUGCAGCCCGCUGCCCCCCGGCUCCAUGGGCUUACCUUUCAUCGGAGAGACGCUGCAGCUCAUCCUGCAGAGGAGGAAGUUCCUGCGGAUGAAGCGGCAGAAGUACGGCUACAUCUACCGGACACACCUCUUCGGGAACCCCACGGUGCGCGUGACCGGAGCGGACAACGUCAGACAGAUUCUGCUGGGGGAGAACAAGCUCGUGUCCGCGCAGUGGCCCGCGUCUGUGCGCACCAUCCUGGGCUCGGACACUCUGUCCAACGUGCACGGAGCCCUGCACAAGAGCAAGAAAAAGGCCAUCAUGCGGGCUUUCUCCAGAGAGGCUCUGGAGCUCUACAUCCCCGUCAUACAGGAGGAGGUGCGGGCGGCCGUGAAGGAGUGGACGGAGAAGGACUCCUGCGUGCUGGUCUACCCGGAGAUGAAGCGGCUGAUGUUCCGCAUCGCCAUGAGGAUCCUGCUGGGCUUCGAGCCAGAGCAGAUCAAGACGGACGAGCAGCAGCUGGUGGAAGCUUUCGAGGAAAUGAUAAAGAACCUGUUCUCUCUGCCCAUCGACGUGCCGUUCAGCGGACUGUACCGGGGUCUGAAGGCGAGGAACUUCAUCCACUCCAAGAUAGAGGAGAACAUCAAGAAGAAGAUGCAGGACUCAGACAAAGAGUCCAAACACCAAGACGCCCUUCAGCAGCUGAUCGACAGCAGCAAGAAGAGCGGGGAGCCGCUCAGCAUGCAGGCCAUCAAGGAGUCUGCCACAGAGCUGCUCUUUGGGGGCCACGAGACCACCGCCAGCACGGCCACCUCCCUGGUCAUGUUCCUGGGCCUGAACCCUGAGGUUGUAGAUAAACUGAGGCAGGAACUAAUGGAGAAGGAGGAGCAGGGGAUAGACCUCCACAGUCUGGACCUUGAGUCGUUGGAGCAGUUGAAAUACACCGGCUGUGUGAUUAAGGAGACUCUGAGGAUCAACCCUCCUGUUCCUGGAGGCUUCAGAGUGGCCCUCAAGACCUUUGAACUCAAUGGUUUCCAAAUUCCCAAAGGCUGGAACGUUAUCUACAGCAUCUGUGACACCCACGAUGUGGCGGAGUGCUUCCCCAACAAGGAGGACUUCCAGCCGGAGCGCUUCAUCUCCAAACCUUCCGCCGACUCCUCCAGAUUCCAGUACAUCCCGUUCGGUGGGGGCUCCAGGAUGUGUGUGGGCAAAGAGUUUGCUAAAGUCCUGCUGAAGAUCUUCCUCGUAGAGGUGGUCACCAAGUGUCACUGGACCCUUUUAAACGGGCCCCCCACCAUGAAAACAGGACCUACUGUGUACCCUGUGGACAAUCUGCCAACAAAGUUUACCAGCUAUGCAUAAAAAAUCAAAAAAGAUUUCGAGGGGGUUGUUUUUCCUAAAAUCAGUUUAGAGUAAAAAUAUAUAAGGGUUUCCCAAAAGCAUCAAAUCAUUUGUUUUUUUUAAAUCAAAGCUACUUUGGGAUUUUUUGGAAAGAAACUGCUACAUUUACACUUCAACCAAAAUAUGUUUGUAAUUCUGGUCUUAUGGACUUGUGUGGAUGAUUUCUCUUUUUAAUAACAUGAAUUGUACAUAUUGUAGAUGACUUCAGAACAUAUUUUAUACUAUGAUGUUAUUACAGUGGAUUUGUAUAAAUUGAUAUAAAUAUAUAUAUAUAUAUAUAUAUAUAUAUAUAUAUAUAUACGUUUUGUUUGACAAAC